GAUGACCAGAACUGCGGACAGUACAGGGAUGACCAGAGACUGCGGACACAGUACAGGGAUGACCAGAGACUGCGGACACAGUACAGGGGAUGACCAGAGACUGCGGACACAGUACAGGGAUGACCAGAGACUGCGGACACAGUACAGGGAUGACCAGAGACUGCGGACACAGUACAGGAGAUGACCAGAGACUGCGGACACAGUACAGGGAUGACCAGAGACUGCGGACACAGUACAGGGAUGACCAGAGACUGCGGACACAGUACAGGGAUGACCAGAGACUGCGGACACAGUACAGGGAUGACCAGAGACUGCGGACACAGUACAGGAGAUGACCAGAGACUGCGGACACAGUACAGGAGAUGACCAGGGAGACUGCGGACACAGUACAGGAGAUGACCAGAGACUGCGGACACAGCACAGGGAUGACCAGAGACUGCGGACACAGUACAGG